AUGAAAAGGCUGUUUUUAGAAAGAUAUUUCCUAGCAUCCAGAGCUGCCACCAUUAGGAAAGAGAUAUGUGGUAUAAGGCAAUAUAAUGGAGAGACAUUGUAUGAACAUUGGGAGCGAUUCAAGAAGCUAUGUUCAAGCUGUCCUCACCACCAGAUAAGUGAUCAAUUGUUAAUUCAGUAUCUCUAUGAAGGAUUGCUGCCUAUGGAAAGAAACAUGAUAGAUGCAGCAAGUGGAGGCGCAUUGGUGGAUAAAAAUCCUGAAGCUGCCAAACAUUUAAUCUCCAACAUGGUUGCCAAUUCCCAACAGUUUGGUAUAAGACAUGAUGCAUCACCCAAAAGGGUGAAUGAGGGAAUGCACAACAGGAAAGCUUGUGGGAUAUGUUUGACAAUGGGACACCAAACGGAUAUGUGCCCAACACUUCAAGAGGAAGGGGCUGUGCAGGUUAAUGCAGCAGGAAAAUUUCCUGGACCACCAAGGCAGUAUGAUCCUUACUCCAACACGUACAAUCCAGGUUUUCAACCGAAGCAACCUGCAUCACAGAGUUCAAACUCAUCCCUAGAAGAUAUAGUUAAGUCCUUUGCUUUGAAUACCAAACAACUUCAACAAGAUACAAGAUCUAGUAUUCAAAGUUUGGAGAAUCAGAUGGGUCAAAUGGCAACUGCUAUAAGUUGUUUAGAGGCUCAAGUUGUAGGGAAGUUGCCUUCUCAAAUAGUGGUGAAUCUAAAGGAAAAUGUGAAUGCAGUGACGCUACGAAGUGGCAAGAAAAUGGAAGAACCAAAGCUAAACAUUCCAAGUUCUAAUACCUUACCUUUUCCUAGCAGAUUCGCGAAGUCAAAGAAAGAAGAGAAGGAUAAAGAAAUUUUGGAGAUGUUUCGCAAGGUGGAAGUGAAUAUACCUCUAUUGGAUGCAAUUAAGCAAGUGUCAAGGUAUGCAAAAUUUCUUAAGGAGCUAUGCACCAAUAAGCGGAAGUUGAAUGGUCCUGUGAAAGAUACUGGUGUUAUUAUCCAAUUGGUUGAUCGCACUAAUGCAUACCCUGAAGGGGUAGUUAAAGAUGUUCUUGUGCAUGUCAAUGAGUUAGUCUUUCCUACUGAUUUCUAUAUUCUGGAUAUGGAUGAUUCUUUUUCUCCUGACCCUGCAUCUAUCUUACUGGGAAGACCAUUCCUAAAUACAGCUCGGACAAAUAUAGAUGUUCAUGAUGGUACCCUCACGAUGGAAUUUGAUGGUGAAUCUAUUUUUGCUUUUGAUGUUGUUGAUUUUGUUGAUUCCAUAGCACAAGAGAUCAUUGAGCUAAAUAAUGAAGAUGAGUUAGAGGUUGCCCUUACCAAAAAUGUGGAAUCAGAGGAGAAAUGA